AUGAACAACAACACUUUCAGUACUACUUCCACCAACAAUGAAGACUACAUGUUAUUCCCUUAUAAUGACCAUUAUUCCUCACAGCCCAUACUCCCUUUUAGCCCUUCCUCUUCCAUUAACGACAUCUUGAUUCACUCCAACUUCAACACACCAAACAAUCAUCUUGACCAUCAUCAUCCUCAUCAUCAGUUCCUACAAGCAACUAGCUCUCCUUUUUCUCAAUUCGAAUUCGUCCCGGAUUUCACCCUCCUCGCCUCUUUCCUCCCACAAAACAAUGGCCAUUAUGAUAACCAAACCAUCACCACCACUGACCAUCAUCAUCAUCAUCCAUCACUUCUUCCCUUGAACAAUCCUACUGGAGAAUCUCAACUCGUUGAGCCUUCUGAAACCAUAACCCACAUAGAAGAUUGCCAGAGAUUCUCAACUUCUCAAGACCCUGAAAUGAAAAGACUCAAGAGACCAAGCAGAAAGGACAGGCAUAGCAAGAUCAAAACGGCGAAAGGGACACGAGAUCGUAGGAUGAGACUCUCAUUAGAGGUUGCCAAAGAAUUGUUCGGGUUACAAGACAUGCUUGGCUUCGACAAAGCCAGCAAAACCGUGGAGUGGUUGCUCACACAAGCCAAACCUGAGAUCAUAAAGAUCGCCAAAAGCCUUUCUAACCACGGCGGCUUCAGCAGCGGCGAGGAGUCUCAAACCCAACCGGCGUUAGGAUCAAUGGACACAUCCUCUGAUCUAUGCGAACUUGCAUCCAUGUGGACAGUCGAUGAUAGAGGCAGCAAUACUAACACGACCGAAACACAAGGCAACAAGAGAUCGAUGAGAGGGAAGAGAAAGAUGUCGCAACCUCGAACGACCAUCUUGAAGAAGUUGUCUAAGGAUUCGAGAGCUAAAGCAAGAGAGAGAGCAAAGGAAAGAACAAAAGAGAAGAUGAUGAAGAGAAGAUUACAAGUAAAUGUUGUACAAGAAGAAGCUCCUAAUCAAUAUGGUGAGAAUAAUAAAAGCGAUGUGAAUUGGAGUUCUUUUGAUCAGGCCACGACCUGCGAGGAAGAGAUGGAAGAACUUUGCAAUAACGAUCGUUUUGCAGUUCGCAAUGAGUUUUUACUGAAUAAGAAAGAUCACAUUUCGGACGAAGCGUAUGAUAUGAUCAACAAAUUGAAUUCAUCAUUUCCAAUGCUUAAUCACCAUCGCAGCCAAGGCGCGGCUACUUCCAUAGAGCAGCAGGAGCAGUUAACGGAUCUUCGUCACUUCUUCGGGAAACCAAGAGACCUCAUGUACAACUACCAUAAUAUGUGUUGAUAUCGACUUAUCGUAACUUCUCAAAUUAAACUAAUAAUAAUUUAUGAGAGAGAUAUGUGAAUUUUAAGUUUAUAUGAAGCCUUUUUCUUCUUAGCGUCACAUAUUACAUGGAUGUAAAAUAAUCACUGCCGU